AUGGCAUCGCCCAUCGCAUCCGCUCACCUUCGCGUGGCCCGCCCAACAAACAACAUCGACGCCCUGCUGCCCUUCUACGUCGACGGUCUAGGAUUCAGAAAGAUUGGCGAAUUUCGUGACCAUGAUGGCUUCGAUGGUCUAAUGCUCGGUCAUGAGGGUGCAGGCUAUCAUCUUGAAUUCACUGCUAAGCGUGGGCAUGACGCCGGGAGAUCACCCACGCAGGACAAUCUCAUGAUCUUCUAUCUGCCUGAGAAGGAGAAAUUCGAUGAUGCAGUUGCGCGUAUGGAGAGAGCAGGCAUUGUUUCUGUGACGAGCUUUAACCCGUAUUGGGAUCAGUGCGGCAAGACUUUUGAGGAUGCUGAUGGCUAUCGCGUGGUGUUGGCAAAUAUGAGCUGGAAUUUGUGA